CCAAUCAAUAAAGAGGCCUGCCUGCUUGCCAAUCAAAUUCAAAGAUAAAAAUGAAACGAGAAAGAGAGCGCCACGCCCAUACCAAUACCAUACAUGGCUUGUAAAAAUUCUACUACUAGCAAAGCACCAGAACAACUUACCAACCCAAGCAGAAGAAGAAGCCACAGCGGGCAGCAAGAAUAACAGAGCCUGGUCCGGAAGCAAGGAGCCCACACCAAAAACCACCGCCAGAGGACAAAAGUACUCGACUACUGCGGACUGCCCGCAGCCCACAGGACAGAAGGCAGAGACUUCCAGAAAGAAAUUAGCCUCCCUAGUGAGGACAGACUUGGGUUUUGCUCAUGCAUACAGCUCGAGAAACGGCAAAAGGAGCCAUGCAUGAUGAUGCGAUCAUCAUCAUGGUCAGGUGUCCAGAAGACAGUAAAUGAGUUCAUUGGUUCAUCCCUCUCAAAGUGUGCUGAACAACUAAGCAGAAACAGCGCAUUUGCCAAUGUUCCACAACAAAACGCAACAGAUGUAAGGCGGCCCUUGGAAAGUCGUCUCUCUUAAAUACCACUUCUAGUAGUCUAUUGCUAUAGUAGUCUCGACUCGAGAGACCAGCCACCCACCUCUCGCAUCGCAUCUCAUGUGGAUGUUUUCUCAUUCACUCGAAUCAAAUCAGUUUCUUCCUUCUCCCCUUUUCUUAAAAAUCAAGAAACGCGUCAGCAUAUUCCGAAUCCCGCAAAAACCAUUUCUGUUUGGUUUAUUUGCAUUCCCAAAGCGGCCGUUUCUAACCUGAUAUUAAUACACGUCAUUUCCUGCGCCUCACAGCUCACCCACCCCUAUUCUCUCGUUUCCCAGCGCAGCCUCAUCACUCUUCUCACUCCCCCGAGACUCCAGAGAAAUAUGAGUAGAUUCCAUCUAAGAUUCCAUCCACCCCAGACAUCUCUGUAAUGUAUUUCCCUUCCCACCCCGUCCUUCCGCAUUUUCUCACUCUCUUUCCUUUCACUAUGGUUUCCAUUUUUUUUCAUCACUCUCUCAAUCAAUCGCUUCUUAAAAUUUUUAUUACUGAUCCCGCUUAAACGUUCCACCACUAUUUACAUAUAGAUAGAUACAAAGACAUAGUAGUAUUAUUUUCAAGAGAAGAAAGAGAGAGAGAAACAAAAGAAUGUUGGUUUCGGUGUUUCUUGCCCUGUUUUUACCAUGCGCUGGCAUGAGCGUGGUUUUCUUGGUGUACAUAUGCCUGCUAUGGUAUGCUGCCAGCAACAACAGCAACUACAGCUCCAAUAACCAGCAGUUGCAGUCUCCGGUGAAGCCGCCAAAAGGGAAUGGCCUUUCCGCCUCCGACCUUGAAAAGCUCCCCAAAACUACCGGGAAAGAUUUGGUUUUGGGAGCAGAAUGCGCUGUGUGUUUGGAUGAUAUAGAGGGUGAUGAGCCGGCUAGACUGAUCCCCGGGUGCAACCAUGGUUUUCAUCUGCAGUGUGCGGAUACCUGGCUCUCUAAGCACUCUGUUUGCCCCGUUUGUAGAGCUAAACUUCAGCCGGAGCUAUUUGAUCCUCCUGAAACCAACCCUUGCUAAAAUUUCCCAAGAGCAGAUUAAUACCGCUGCAUGCUGCUCCUGCCUCUCUCGAGAUGUCUUUCUAGCUAUCCAUUUUUCUUUUCUUUUCUUUUCUUUUUUUUGGGCCUUCGAUUCAAUGUACAUUUUUUUUAACAGCAUUUCUUUUGGUUGUUCGCUUUGUCUUUAGGUAUUUAGAUGAAUUUGCAAUGGGUGCCGAGAGCAGAAAUUAAUGGAUUGAAUAUUUAUUUUCCUU